GAGGUGGGUGGGGUGUCAGCUUCACUCAGCUACUCCGUCACACUUGAACGCGCGUUUGGAACCGACGUGAACGAGCACGUAUCUGACGUCGAGCGCUGCAGGGGCGUUCCCUCUGCUGGACAACAAGGAAGCAGGACGGAAACUUGAGAAGAUCUGACAACAGACAGAAAACAGACGGAAUCCUCAGCGUUAGCGUCCAUGUUGGCGCCGCCAUGGUUCUGUGGCAGAUCCACACCCUGGACCACCUGGACGCGUCUGGCUUCGGCCGUCCUUUUCCUCACCACGGCCUCCAGCUGCUGUUUUGGUUCUCCAACCACUGCGUGACCUUUGAACUGGACAACUCUGGGGAAGUCAUGAAGCUGGUGUCGGGGUGUCAGCCGGAGAACGGGGCUUACGGCUUCCACAGGUUUGGGAACAUGGAGGAACUUCUGCCUGUUCUCCACAAACACAAGAAGAACAAGAGCAACAGGCAGCUGCUUUACUUUGUGGUCGGGAACCUGAGCACCCGGUCCUACCCGCGGUCCGCCGACCUGCCGGCGUUCGUCCGGGAGAACCUCGGGGCGGACGGCGUCUCCAACAGCGACCGCAUCAUCAUCAGUUACCAGGUGAACACCCGGCUGGUGGACAAGGUCUACGUCGCAGAACACGACGACGCUGACGCUGGACAGUUCCGAUCCGACGGAACUCAUGAGGUCAGCUCACGACUGAUCCGACUUCUGCAGAACCCACAGCUGGACCUCAGCUCCCUCCUCACUCAGAUGGGUUACUAUGACGACGUAGAGAUGCUCCAGGACGCGCAGGACCCUUCGGUCCAGAUGAUGCUAAGCAUGAUGCAGAACGAUCCGACCGGGUUCUUCUCCCAGGCCUUCAGUCGCCAGCUGGACCUGGACCGGUUCUGCUCCAGCACGAACCCAGACUGCAGCGGGAGCCUGGUGUGUUACACCGCCCUGCAGAAGAAGAAGAAGAAGAAGAAGAAGAAGAAGAAGAAGAAGAAGAAGAAGAAGAAAAGCAGCAAGAAACCGAAACUUCUGAGGGAACUUUCCUGGCGCUCCAGCUGGUCGGAUCCGUACCGAGAUUAUUAUGAAGAUUACUGGAUAAGAUCCAGUUAUGGAUAUGGAUCCAGUUAUGGAUCCGGUUAUGGAUCCAGUUAUGGAUCUGGGUAUGGAUCCGGUUAUGGAUCUAGAGGCAGCUAUGGUAAAGGCGGUGGAGGCGGAUUUUCCUGGUUCCUGAAACUCGUCCUGAAAACCGGAGCGCUCUACCUGGCAGCCAGAUGUUUGUUCUGGUUAGUCAGGAACAUCUGGAGCUCUAACUGGGAUGACGAGCUCCUCCAGCGGAUUCCAGGCUGGACUUCUCUGUAUCCCAGUCAUCCCAGUUAUCCCAGGUUUCCACGCACUCACAUAAUGCUGGACUAUGUUUACUAGACUUGUCAGGACUUUGACUAGGACUAAUUCUGAGUUCCUGCUUCCAAUGAUGCUGGUUGGAGAUUCAAGCUGAAGACUCAGGAUGAGGAUUUUAAUGAUUCUAAAGUGUUUUUAUGGUUUAAUUAAGAAUUCUUUUUUGUAUCGUAUACUGAAAAUACCAAAUGUCUGAAACUAAAAUGUUUUUGUAAUUUUUUGUUAUUAAAAAACUCCAAGCCCUCAGUGAGGGACAUGGAAGGAACCAGUCACUCUACCUUGAAAAGGGAACAGGUUCAGUUUUUAAUUAAAUGCCUUUAACAUCUUUUAGUGUUUGAAGUGAAACAAAUGACCAAUAAUCACCAAUAUUUGCACUGAAGAUUUGCUUUCAGCUUCUAUGUUUCUCAUAUUUGUCAGAGAUGAAUGAAAUUUGUGCAGAACGGAGACUGAAUUUAUGAAUAAAAGUAUUUUUUGUGGGACUUGUUUCUGUGAAGGUUUCUGCUCCAACAGUCAGGAAGUUUCUGUUUCUGCAGCAAACAAAUGAGCGAUCGGUCAGGCUGGUUCAGCAUCGAUCAGCAUUGAUCAGCGUCCAACGCAGAAAUGCUCAGAAAGAUGAAGUUAAAAUCUGUUUACUGACAACAAUCCUGGAAGGUUUGUAAAGCUCAGUUUCUAUCCCAGAAGUGAAUUUAGGAACAAAUAGAUGCAAACUGCCUUCUUGCAGUUCUUGUUGCCAGGUUUUGUCUGAGGAG